CUAGGCCGGAUGCAGGCCUCUUGUUUUUCUUUACUCCAUUUAUUAUUCUUUGUUCGAUUUUGAUGACAACACUGUUUUGGGUUUUACAAUUACUACUAACUAGACGAAUCUUGAAACAAAUAUUGGAAGAAGUUGGACCCAUUAUUUAUUUCUGUUGGUUUUGACAGUAACACCGUUUUUGGUCUUUUCUUCUUGUAAUUGUCUUGUUAACUGCGGUUGCCGACUCACUCUCUCUCUCUCUCUCUCACAUAUAUCUUUCCAUAUCUCUAUCCUCCCCUUUCUCACUCAUCAAGUGUGGAGAGGGAUUUGACCGUUGGCUUGGCCUUCUGUUCCUCCAAUUAUCAAUCGCCAUCGCAGGUUCUUCUUCAAUUAUUUCUGUGGGUAUGUCAUUGCAAGUCAAGGUUGGUUAACCUGGAGGGAAAACUGCAACUACCCCUUUAGGAGUCUGGAAAAAAAAAGGCAGAAGAUUGGUGGGUGCAAGUAAAGGAUGAAGCUAAGAACCUCGGUGGUGUUCUUGCUGUUGGUUACAGUUGUGGCCCCCAUUGUUCUCUACACCGACAGACUUGGCAGCUUCACGACUCCCUCCUCUAGCAAUGACUUCAUUGAAGAUGUUUCCACUUUUACAUUGGGAGGUGAUGUCAGGCCCCUGAAUCUGCUUCCCCGGGAGCCAUCUACAACUCUAAAAGAGCCAUUGGGGGUUGUGUACCUGGAAAACUCUAGCAUAUCUCUUUCUGAUUCUGAUGCUUCAACACGGGAGAAUUCCCGCAAAAUUAGACAACUGACUCAAGAUUCAAUGGAGAACCAAACCACAUUACCAUCCACAAGAGGUGAUACUGGAGAGCAUCCCCAUGAGGAGGAAAGCACCAUAAGACAGGUGACCGAACGAGGGCUUGACAUAAAUCAGGGAGACAUCACUUUAGAAAAACCUGGAGUAACCAGCCUAAAUGAAAGUAGGGAGCCGCAAAAUGAUGGGAAUAGAAGAGAGGAAAUUAAAAAUGAGAACCAAUCAGCUAAGACCUCCAUCAAAGCUGGUACGGGAGAACCUGUAAACAAAAGAAAUGAGAAACAGAAUGUCCGUACGGUUAUAGCAGAUGCUCGGGUUCGGCAUCUUAAAGAUCAGCUUAUUCAGGGACGUGUGUACCUUUCCCUCACAGCUACAAGAAACAAUCCCCACUUCAUAAGGGAGCUCCGUCUACGGAUGAAGGAAGUUCAACGAGCACUUGGGGAUGCCACCAAGGAUUCUGAUCUACCAAAGAAUUCCUAUGACAAGUUGAAGGCAAUGGAGCUAACAUUGGCCAAAGGAAAGCAGAUUCAAGAUGAUUGUGCAGCUGUGGUAAAGAAGCUUCGUGCAAUUAUUCACUCGACAGAAGAACAGCUCCGAGCCCACAAGAAGCAGACUCUGUUUUUGACACAUUUGACUGCAAAAACACUGCCUAAAGGUCUUCACUGUCUUCCCUUGCGGCUUACGACUGAGUACUUUAGUUUGAAUUCUUCAGAACGAGAAUUCCCCAAUCAAGAGAAACUAGAAGAUUCUAGAUUGUUCCACUAUGCACUAUUUACAGAUAACAUAUUAGCAGCUGCAGUUGUUGUCAAUUCCACGGUUUCUCAGGUCAAGGACCCUUCAGCCCAUGUUUUCCACCUUGUCACUGAUAGGAUCAAUUAUGCAGCAAUGAGGAUGUGGUUCCUUUCAAACCCACCUGGCAAUGCUACAAUACAGGUUCAGAACAUUGAAGAGUUUACAUGGUUAAAUUCAAGUUACAGUCCGGUUCUAAAGCAGUUGAGUUCUCCAGCCAUGAUUGACUAUUACUUUAAGACUCGCCGAGCUGAGUCUGAUUCAAAUAUGAAGUACCGAAACCCGAAGUACCUCUCGGUCAUGAAUCAUCUGCGCUUUUACAUGCCAGAGAUCUUCCCUAAGCUCAACAAAGUGCUGUUCCUUGAUGAUGAUAUAGUGGUGCAAAAGGAUCUCACUGGACUUUGGUCCAUUGACCUGAAGGGGAAUGUCAUUGGUGUAGUUGAGACAUGUGGUGAAAGCUUCCAUCGAUUCGAUCGGUAUCUCAACUUUUCAAAUCCUCUCAUUUCGAAAGCUUUUGACCCUCAUGCCUGUGGAUGGGCAUUUGGAAUGAAUAUAUUUGAUUUGGAAGAAUGGAAGAGGCAAAACAUCACAGAGGUGUACCACUCCUGGCAAAAUCUGAAUCAUGAUAGACAACUGUGGAAGUUGGGAACGCUGCCACCUGGUCUAAUCACGUUUUGGAAUAGCACUUAUUCCCUUGACCGGUCUUGGCAUGUCCUCGGUCUUGGCUACGACCCAAAUGUCAGCCAAAAGGACAUCGAACGAGGUGCUGUCAUACAUUACAAUGGCAACUUGAAACCAUGGCUCGAGAUAGCCAUACCCAAGUACAGAGGCCACUGGGCCAAAUUCAUUGACUACGAUCAUCUGUAUCUGCGGGAGUGCAACAUCAAUCCUUGAUUCUCCUAGUAUUGUCAUGUUGAGCAAUAUCUUUGAGGACAUCAUGGCAGCCGUUUACUGUACAGGUCCGUGUUGUAUUGAUGCGAGGGCUCUUUUUCCAUUUUGUCUUCGUUUCUAAGUAAAAUGGGGCUUUAAUAUAUAUUCUUCUGGUGUGUUUUUUGGGGGGCAUAAAUAGGGUUGGAUCCAUGAGUUGAUAAUAUUCUCAACAUCGUUUAUCGACAGAAUCUGAGGAAGUGCAGAAGUAUAUGUAAAAGGUUGGAUGCUAGAAUUGAUUUAUUUUUGCUAUAGUUUAGUAUGUUGCAUCCAUUAUUCUUUUUGUUUUUCUGUUCAUUCAAUUGGGUAUCUUGAAGCUGAAUUUUCUAUUGUUGUAGAGGGCUGAUUAAUCAGUUUUAUGAAUUUGACUGAAGCUUCUCAUUUGUAUAUAAUAAUGCUAUGCAGUUCAUAUGCUUGGUGGAAACUAA